CUGCAGUCCCACGCCAAUGGCUAUCUCGAGGGCAGGUUUUCGUGCCGCUUCUUGGGCCGGCCAAUUUCUGGCCUGCAGUCGCCCAUCUUGGAGAUGCGUCCCCCGCACAACUGCCCGCCCAGUGACAACGAUCCGUCCGCGUCAAUUCGCAACGGCGGCCUCGGAAAGCGCCCCUAAGAAGCCAUACUAUGUCACGACUCCCAUUUUCUAUGUCAACGCUGCCCCUCAUGUCGGUCAUCUGUAUACUAUGGUCCUUGCCGAUGUCAUCAAGAGAUGGCGGACACUCAUCGGAGACGCUGAUGCACAAUUGCUGACCGGAACGGACGAACAUGGCAUGAAGAUCCAGCAGGCCGCGUUGGCUGCAGAGAUGGAUACGCAGGCGUUCUGCGACAUGAAUUAUAAGACGUUUGAGGCUUUAGCAAAUGCCGCGAAUAUGGACUACAACUACUUUAUACGGACGACCGAACCUGCGCACAAGGAAGCUGUUCAGUAUUUUUGGGAAGUGUUGGAGCACCGGGGAUAUGUCUACACCGCGAAGCAUGAAGGCUGGUACUCGGUUAGCGAUGAGACAUUUUACCCUCAGACGCAAGUACAAAAGUCGCUGGACCCUGAGACUGGACACACGAAGAUGGUCUCCAUUGAGACAGGAAAGGAGGUGGAGUGGUCGUCGGAAACCAACUACCAUUUCCGUCUGUCAGCUUUCCAGGAGCGUUUGCUCGAUCUUUACAAAACUGGAUUUAUUACCCCGACGAUGUAUACAACCAAUGUCGUCAAGUCUGUUUCGGAGGGCCUUCAAGAUUUGUCAAUCUCUAGGCCUGCGGAGCGGCUGACCUGGGGUAUUCCGGUUCCCGGCGACAACACACAGACCGUCUAUGUCUGGCUAGAUGCGCUUGUCAACUACUUGACCAAGGCAGGCUACCCGUUUGCACCCGGUCAAGGAAGCCGCCUUGGUUGGCCUGCGGAUGUACAUGUGGUCGGUAAGGACAUUGUUCGCUUUCACUGCGUAUACUGGCCCGCAUUCCUUAUGGCUCUCGACCUCCCUCUUCCCCGCAAUGUACUCGUUCAUGGACACUGGACUAUGAACCGUGAGAAGAUGUCGAAGUCUACGGGUAAUGUGGUGAACCCCUUCUUUGCCAUCAACCGCUUCGGGGUGGAUUCCAUGCGUUUCUUCCUUAUCCACCAAGGUGCAUUGGUGGGCGACGCCGACUACGAUAAUGCGUACAUCAUCCGCGACUAUCAGAAGCUACUGCAGAAGGGGCUUGGAAACCUUGCGCAUCGGGCAAUUGGCUGUGCCAAGGGUAAUCUUCGGACUUACAUCGAGAAUGGCACGUGUGGCCGACUUCCACCAGCGACUCCGGCCGAUGAGGCGUACGAAACAAUGCUCAAAGAUGUGCCCAAGAGAGUAGCAGAGCAAAUGGAGAAUCUGAAUCCCCGUGCUGCCCUGCAAGAAAUCACUACCCUAAUCGAUCAGACCAACAAAUACUUCCAUCACGCAGAGCCAUGGAAGAGUCCGAACGACCGCCAGCGAUCGAUUUUCAAUGUUGCUGAAUCACUGCGAAUGGCCGGGAUCCUCCUGCAGCCUGUCAUGCCCACCAAGGCCAACGAGCUUCUGGACAUGUUCCAUGUAGACAAUACGGACCCGGCCAAAAGGAACUAUGCGGCGGCGACGUACGGCUCCGACGCAGACUACGGAGUGGAUGCGAAGAAGAGUAUUAUAUUUCCCCCUCUUAUCGUGGAAAGUUAAUGUGGCUGUCCUUUCCAUUUGAUAACGAGAAUGGGCUAGGAUCCAAUCAUGGACACUAGAUUGGAACGUUCGGUCAGCCAGAACACGCACAAUUAAGCACGGGUCUCCGCCUGGUGGAGGAGACUGUGGAAAUCGAGCGGGUUUGGCUUUGCCGUUUGCUGCUUGAAUUGGACUGCGUUAUGGACGGCUCUGGGUCCCAGACCGUCAUUUACACGCAUGCAGGGGUGGAGAGAAGGUUUGUGUUAUGUCAUGGUAUGGCGAUAACUGGAGCAGAAUAUGCGCGAGUUUAUCAACGGGAAAAGGGUGCCGACUGGGCGAAGGGUUGGUCGAAUUCCUGAUAGAUAGACUCGGGGCGGGAAACUCUUGUGUGUAGGUUUCCC